AUGGCGGUCGAAGAGCUGUAUAUUGCUGCCAUUAGUGACGAAGAUGAAUCCAGUGAAGAAGUGUGGUACGAAACUGUGUUGAUUAAUGACGAAAAAGUGAAACUGAAGCUAGACAGUGGAGCGGCUUGCAACGUACUGCCGUGGAAUAUAUAUCGCAAGCUUGGGGGAGUACUGAAGCAAUCGAAGACAAAGAAGUUAGUGUCGUACAGUAACCACAAGUUGAACGUAAAAGGCGAAGCAGAACUACCGGUUACUGUGAGAGGCCGAAAAGAAAGUGCAACCUUCAAAAUAGUUGAUGGGGAAGUGAUGCCAAUUUUGGGCAGAAAGACAAGCGUCAGAUUUAAAUUGAUAGCACGCGUGGAUGAUGUGAACAUGGAAGAUUCAUUAUUCAGCGGCCUCGGUUGUGUAAAAGGAUUUAUUUACGAUAUUGAUCUGGUAGAAAACCCUACCUUUCGAAAUGAACCGCCCAGAAGGAUACCUCACUCACUCCGCGCAGCAGUUAAGCAAGAAUUGGAUUCAAUGCUAAAAAUGGGGGUCAUUGAACCGAUCAUAGAACCAACACCAGUCCUCAAUGCAAUGGUGAUAGUGAGGCAAAAAGUUCCAACAUCCGAAGCCACUCUAAAACCGCAGGUGAUAAACAACGUUACGGAAACGUUGGGUGAACGACGACUACAGCAAAAGAUGUACGCAGACAGAGGAACAAUUAGACCGCCAGAAUACCAUGAAGACCAAAUGGUCCUAGUACAGGAUACUAAAUCGCGCACUUGGAAGGAAGGGAAGAUAGAUGAAAGGCUGGAGCAACCAAGAUCAUACAUUGUACAUCUAUCAGAUGGAGGUGUGGUUCGCAGGAAUGCCAGGGAUAUCAGACCCAGGAAAACAUCAGUCAAAACCAUCGGUCAUCAGCAUCGCGAGGAAUCACCGUGUCGACUGCAGCCUACAGUGUACCCAGAUGACAUCGAAGCAACACUAGACUCCCAACCUCCAGAAGAAGAUCAAUCGUUGAGUGAUACCAGUAACCCACCCUUGGCAAGUCCUUUACGCACCAGGAGUGGACGAGUAAUCCGUAUGAAUCAGGAUAGCUGCUAUGAAUACUAUUGA